AUGGCCGGCCCGUCCGACGGGGACUCCGACGGAUGGGUCCAGUUUUGCGAGCGUCAAGCCAAAUCUGCUGCUCAAGACUGCGCUAAGGCCUGCGUGCAAUACAUACAGACCAACACAGCCGAGGUUGCAGCCCGCCCGUACACAUCGCAAAAGGAAUUGUUGAAAAAAUUCGUCGAAUGUUUCUCUGAACACUUCGACUUUGAAUUUAACAAACUAAAGGCGCAGCAUAAAUUAUCGAAUGGAACUCAUACCGGCCACGACGAAAGUGAUUACUCUGAAGACACUGAAUCGCCGAAAACGCACCACAAACCUUUCUUCAGAAGGUUAUCGUUCAAGGGCUUGCGGCGUGGUAAGGGCUUGUUCCAGAAACAACAUUCAGACGAAGUAGAGCUAUCGACGAAUUUGAACAAACACAAUAAAACUAAAUUAGCUAAAAUAGUUGUUGAAUGUAGAAAAGAAGGAUUAGUAAAUUAUUUAACCCCUGAAAGCUUAGAGCAGCCUGGGGGACCACAGAAGUGGGAGAAAUGUAGGCUAGCGUUAGUCAAAACUGUAGGUGGUUACAUGCUAGAGUUUUAUUCACCACCAAAAGCUCAGAAGCCAAGGAGUGGUGUGUUUUGUUUUCUGAUAUCAGAAGCCAGAGAAACAACAGCUUUAGAGAUGCCUGACCAUGAAAAUACUUUUGUAUUAAAGGCUGACAAUAACAUGGAGUAUGUAAUAGAAGCAGCUGACGUAGAUGACAUGAAAUCAUGGCUAGCCACAAUUAAAUAUUGCAUGAGAUCAGCACCAACAACUCAACCCCCUCCUGAAUCUCUAGCAGGCUUGCCAGAACCAGCACCGCCAGAUCUGCCUCCACGGAGAGAUUUACCGAUAAGUACUAGUAAUGCGGAUUUAGCUACAGACACACCUGAAGACGCAGAAUUAGGGUCAAUAGCAGAAGAGGGCUGCGAGGCUGGACCUCGUAUGUCUCUGAGUGAGUGGCCUUGGUUCCAUGGGACCCUAGCGCGUUCUGCUGCGGCUGCGUGCGUGCUGGCAGGCGGGACUGCAGCCCAUGGCUGCUACCUGGUGCGCCAAAGUGAGACACGGCGUGGGGAAUAUGUGCUUACAUUCAAUUUUCAGGGCCGAGCAAAGCACCUUCGCAUGACUUUAAGUGACUCAGGCCAAUGCCGAGUGCAACAUCUCUGGUUUCCCAACGUCCACGACAUGCUGGAACAUUUCCGAGCUAAUCCCAUACCCCUGGAGUCUGGAGGUGCAGCAGAUGUUACAUUAACGGAGUAUGUCGUCUGUCAGGAAGGCGCUAGACACCAACUGGAAGUGAGCCACGGCAGCGAUGUGCGCAUGCGUCGAGCCGAAAUGGAAGCCCUGUUUGCCAACAACGGCAACUCACAUGACGUUCGCGCGGUUGACAACCAGUACGUGCUGUGUAACAUUAGACCUUCGACCUCAGAUCGCAAUGGUGCCUAG